ACUUACGGGGAGGAGGCGCUGAGGCAAAGAGAAAAUUGUACUGUGAGGACCUUGACAGCUUCACCCGCGCGGGCUUUUCCUUUUGCUUUCCUAUGUUUUCGGGAAUAUUUAUUUUUUUUUUCCCUUUUACAAACUGACUAUACAAAACUACCCCUUUUCUCCUUGCAGAAGGCAUCUGACUUUCUCAAAGAAACCCGCAAGCUCUUCUCAGGGCAUCCUGGAGAGGCCAGGGAGAGGGGCGCAGGUGCACCGGAAAGGCUGCGGGAGUGCGCUUCUUCGCGACUUGGGGAUCUUUCUCUCUCUCUGCGCUCUCCUGGCACUGAACUCUAAGCUGCCAGGAUAGGAGAGCCAAUAGCUUCUCGACUGAGGUUCUGCGACGGGUGCAUCCCAGGGAGGUGUAUCCAGCUGCCACCGCCUCCCAAGCUUCUAGCCUCAGGGUGCGCAGACCUCUCUCCCUUCCGCAUCUCCAGCUUAAGGGUUGUCCCUCUCCGCGAUAACCACCGGAUCCCCGGGCCGGGAUCUGAGAUUCUCAGCCCUCUGCGUCCCGCUCCUGCCUCUGCUCCCCGCGAUUGAGCUCCCCACGCGCAGGUUCUGCGGACCUGACCGCAGCUGAGCCCCGCGGCUCUCCUCUCCGCCCUCGGGUUGUCGCCAGGCAGGGCACGUAGCCGCCUGGCCCCAUCUGAUCCCGGGGUGCAGAGGGCGCCUCCCUCCUCUUCCUCCAACCCGGGCUCUAUUUGCCUCCCCCAUCCGCUGCCCCGUCUACUUCUGAGCCAACUCAGGUCCUUUCGCCUUCCUUGCAUCAAGCAUGUCAGGCUCUGGGCGAAAAGACUUCGAUGUGAAGCAUAUCCUUCGACUCCGCUGGAAACUCUUCAGCCACCCGUCGCCGUCUCCAGGCGGCCCUGCUGGGGGCAGCUGCCUGCAACAGGACAGCAGCGGCAGCUUUGAGCACUGGGGACCCAGCCAGAGCCGCCUACUUAAAAGCCAAGAGAAAGGCAGCGUGAGCACUUUCUGGAAGAAGCCUUCGUCUUCUUCCUCCUCUUCUUCGUCUGCCUCCACGUCCUCUUCCUCCUCUUCCUUCAACCCACUGAAUGGCACCCUGCUGCCGGUGGCUACAAGGCUGCAGCAAGGGGCUCCUGGACAGGGCACCCACCAACCGGCCAGGACCCUCUUCUACGUGGAGUCCUUAGAGGAGGAGGAGGUGGCAGGCAUGGACUUUCCUGGACCACAUGAGAAAGGACUUGUCCUGCAAGAGCUCAGAGUGGAGCCGACCACCUCCAACCAGGCAACAGGUGAAGGAUGUGGACACAGGCUGUCAGCAGCUAGCCAUUCACUAACACCUCAGAGUGAUAUGGACUCCAGUAGCUCUGAAGAAUUCUAUCAGGCCGUGCACCAUGCUGAACAAACCUUCAGGAAAAUGGAAAGUUACUUGAAACAACAGCAACUCUGUGAUGUUAUCCUGAUUGUUGGAAACCGAAAAAUACCUGCACAUAGGCUUGUUCUGAGCUCAGUCUCCGACUAUUUUGCUGCCAUGUUUACAAGUGAUGUUUGUGAAGCCAAGCAAGAGGAGAUCAAGAUGGAAGGAAUAGACCCCAAUGCCCUCUGGGACCUUGUCCAAUUUGCAUAUACAGGUUGCUUGGAAUUAAAGGAAGAAACCAUUGAAAACCUUCUUGCUGCAGCUUGCCUUCUUCAGCUUCCUCAAGUAGUAGAAGUGUGCUGCCAUUUCCUCAUGAAGCUCUUGCAUCCAUCUAACUGUUUGGGAAUCCGAGCAUUUGCAGAUGCUCAAGGAUGCAUUGAAUUAAUGAAGGUGGCCCACAGCUACACAAUGGAAAACAUAAUGGAAGUCAUAAGAAAUCAAGAGUUUUUACUGCUUCCAGCUGAGGAGCUCCAUAAACUCCUGGCCAGUGAUGAUGUAAACGUCCCUGAUGAAGAAACCAUCUUCCACGCAUUAAUGAUGUGGGUCAAGUAUGACAUGCAGAGGAGAUGCAAUGACUUGAGUAUGCUUCUUGCCUUUAUAAGACUGCCACUGCUUCCACCACAGAUACUGGCCGACCUAGAAAACCAUGCGUUAUUUAAGAAUGAUCUGGAAUGUCAAAAGCUGAUUCUGGAAGCAAUGAAAUACCACCUAUUGCCAGAAAGAAGAACCUUAAUGCAAAGUCCAAGAACUAAACCUAGAAAAUCUACAGUUGGAACUCUGUAUGCCGUUGGAGGAAUGGAUAACAAUAAAGGAGCUACAACCAUAGAGAAAUAUGAUCUCAGAACAAAUUUAUGGAUCCAGGCAGGGAUGAUGAAUGGCAGGAGAUUGCAGUUUGGUGUGGCUGUUAUUGAUGACAAACUCUUUGUAAUUGGAGGUCGAGAUGGCUUAAAGACACUGAAUACUGUUGAAUGUUACAACCCCAAAACCAAGACUUGGACCGUCUUACCACCAAUGUCAACACAUAGACAUGGUCUAGGCGUGACAGUACUUGAAGGACCUAUUUAUGCUGUGGGAGGCCAUGAUGGCUGGAGCUAUCUGAACACAGUGGAGAGGUGGGAUCCUCAGAGUCAGCAGUGGACCUUUGUAGCUAGUAUGUCAAUUGCCCGAAGCACAGUUGGUGUGGCAUCAUUGAAUGGCAAGUUGUAUUCAGUUGGAGGUCGUGAUGGAAGUUCCUGUUUGAGUUCAAUGGAGUACUAUGAUCCCCAUACAAAUAAGUGGAACAUGUGUGCUCCAAUGUGUAAGAGGAGAGGGGGUGUUGGAGUGGCCACAUGUGAUGGUUUUCUUUAUGCAGUAGGAGGUCAUGAUGCUCCCGCUUCAAACCACUGUUCUCGGCUGCUAGAUUAUGUUGAAAGAUAUGAUCCCAAAACGGACACGUGGACCAUGGUGGCUCCUUUGAGUAUGCCCAGAGAUGCUGUUGGAGUCUGUCUCCUUGGCGACAGAUUAUAUGCUGUUGGUGGUUAUGAUGGGCAGACAUACCUCAAUACUAUGGAAUCCUAUGAUCCACAAACUAAUGAAUGGACACAGAUGGCUUCCCUGAACAUUGGGAGAGCAGGUGCCUGUGUGGUAGUCAUCAAGCAAACUUGACUUAUUUUUAUUUGAAGAGAUUUUAUUUGCUGGAGUGGUUAUUUUUAUAUCUGAGGGCAAAAAUGAGAACUUCCAGAUAUGAAAACUCUUCAAGAACAAGGAUUUUGGCAGAUUUACUUACUCAAGAGAGAUAGAAGAUCAAACAGAAUUAUGGGAGACAAGAAAACAUCAAAGUACUGUAGAAACACUAUCUGUUCAUGUAUUAGUUAGGUCAGGAAUGGUUAUUGGUAAUUUGUAUUGUAGCAUACAAUAACUAGAAUUACCAAAGGCUUGUUUUGCUUGACCAGUUGAAAGGAGAGACCUAGAUUUGUGACAUGGAUAAUUUCAUGACUACAACUCAUCCAAUUGCUUUGUAAUCUGUGGCGCUAUCCAAGAGGUUACCAAGACUAGAAGAUGUGAUAUUUCCUAUGACAUAAUCUGAUUGAUUUACUAAUUUCUUAGUCAGAUAUUGUCCUACCAGGAGGCAGAAUGAUGAUUUAUUAAACAUGUUUCUUCCUCAUUCUCCAAAGCUAUGCGGACUUAGAGAAACAGUCUCAUGCUUGUCUCUGGCAUUCAGAAAACAAAGUGUCCUGCUAAUCAAAGCUGCAUAUGUCAUCCUAGAAGAUGGUUUAAAUUUAUUGCAACUGAAUAAGCAAUCUGAA